AUGGAAACAGAGUUUUUAGAUAGGUUUAAAGCAAAAAAAUUUGAAGAUAUAGUUAAUCUAGAUUUAAAUAAUAAUUUAAAGUCUGUAACAUAUUUUGAAUUUUUCCCAAAAUUAAUAAAUUUGAAAAGUUUAAUUUUAAGUAACAAUAGCUUCGAGCAGGUGCCUCCCAUUGAAUGUUUGAAAUCACUUGAAGAACUCUAUGUAAGAAAUGUAAAGAUUACACAACUUGGUUCUGAAGGAACCAAAAACUAUAUUACCAAAGUUAAAAACUUGGAAAAUUUAAAACAUUAUGUAUCAAUUGGUUCGAAGUUUGACUCAACAACUAUCAACGACUAUAUAAUCUGUUAUUUAAAAAAAUUAGAGACUAUAAAUUUUAAAAAAAUUUCCCCUGAAGAAAGAGAUAAAAGUGUUUCUAAUAUAAAAGCAAUUCGUGAAAAACAAAUUUUAACCAAUAGCCCAUCAAACAAACCAAAAGCUAUACCUUUAACCUCGUCAUCGCCAACAAUAGAUAAAAAAAGACCGAAUAUAAACCCAUUAUCUUCACAACAAGCCGUAAUUAAAAACCCUCCUAAACAACAGAUAAUAGUUUCUGGUGCCAAAGUUGCCCCAUCACCCUCUCCAAAAAACACACUAAAAUCAAAUCCUCCCCCAAAUUUAAAAUUAAAAAAUACCCCCACAAAUUUAACCACAACAGUUGCACCACCCAAAAAGGUGGAUUUUAGAAUAGAUAAUAACAAUAAUAGCAGCAAUAACAAUAGCAAUAACAAUAAUUUAAUUCAAGCAAUAAAACUGUUAAUAAACAAUAUCUCAUCAAUUGAAGAAUUAAAAUUAAUUGAAGAGGAAGUAAAAAAAAGAGAAAAAAUGUUUUAA